AUGGACAGCCAAACGCUGAACCGCUACAUUAUUGCCACCUAUAAAAUCUUCUUUCUAGUUGUGGGAAUUAUUGGGAAUGUCCUUUUUAUUCAUCUUGUUUUCAAGCGAAAACAAUUGCAAUCCAGAACAUCAAUUUUACAAUGUGUCCAAGCUGGGUUCCAUAUCAUCUGCCAGACUGGGCCUGUCAUGUCAGGGGUGUUUGACAUGGGAGCUGUCUACACAAGAAGUGAUUGCUUUCAUAAAAUCGCUUACUAUAUUUUCUUUCAAGCCGCUCAAGGAAUGAUAAUGUUGAUUAUAGUGCUGGACAUUUUGAUUUUCGUGAAAUUUCCAGUUUUCUAUCGUAGACUCUCUGUAACCAAGUACAUAUUUAUCAGUGGUUCUCCAAUUCUGUUGUUUGCAUCAGCGUACGUCAUUCUUGCUCAUCUGACAACUAAUGAGGAAACGGUCUAUGCAUGUACUCCACCAUUUGCAUUCAGUACAACUGCAAGCAUGUUUUAUAACCAAACUUUUAUCACUCUAAGUGUCGUCGUUCUAUUAUUUUACACCAUCUUGAUAAAUGCUUUUUACACAAGAAGUCGGAAUCAAUCAAGUAAUCGGAGCUCAUUGAAAACUGUAAAACGACUUCAAUUAACUGUAAUUAUCUUCAUUUUCACAUGGUUUACCAGUCAACUCCUUUCAUUUAUUGUUAUUUUCUUUCCGAACUUCUCAAAGUUGUUAGGAUUGGCAAUUUCGCAUUUGAUACUAUUUGUAUGUCUUUCCUACAGUAACACUUUCUAUGUGACAAUGUGGAGUAGCAAAGAGUAUCGCGAUCAAUUCUACAGUGUUUGGUGGCCCAAAUGGUCUCCUCAAUCAUCUUCCAUUGCUCGUCACUCGCCAUCGGUUACUCUCAAAAUCACAAACUCCGAAUCAAUGUUUUAUCGAAGAAGCCCAACUCAGAUCGAGUCAUAA